UUACAGUGGACGCUCGGUAAACUUCAAUUGAUAAAAUAAAAAUAAACAAUUUGUUUGUGAUAUCUUGAAGUCAAAACGAGAGCGUACUGUUCAUAAUUUUGAGAAGUUAAAAAUGUAAAGAUAGAUAAUUAAUGGUCUGGAGAAGGACUUGAACGUGACCACGAAAUUCUAAUCAUAAUACUCGAUUCUUCUUAAUUUGCUAUUGUUUAUUAAUUCAUCUCCGAGAAUGUUAUAAAAAAAUACUUUACCAAAUAUAAAAUGAAUCAUAAAUCCUUCAUAGGAAAUCCUUGAAUAUAUCGAUUAAAAGAUCUCCACUUAAUUAAUAAAUAAACAUGUAAUCAUAUGGGUGAAAGCUUAAAUGAGCGUAUAGAAAAUUUACGUAAACAAAGCAGGCAUUUAUUAACUCAAGUAGAUAAGAGUUCUAAAAAAGUUAAAGACGCAAUUAAGAAAUUACAUUCUGAAAAUUUGACAUUCAGAGAUAAUUUUAAAAAUCAUGUUGGCAAGGCAAAUGCAUCAAGUGUGUCUUAUAAGAAAGACAGCAGAUCAUGGAAAUUGAGAAAUGAUUCUAGUGGAGUUAGUAAAGUCUUGCGACCAGAUUAUUUCUGUAAUAGCCCUAAACAGACACCUGCAUCAAUGCCUAAUACAUCAACAGCAAAGAGGAUAUUAAUAUCUUCAAAAAAACACUCUGAAAAUCAGCAUUGCUUGGGAAACAUUCACAGAAAACCUGUCAAAGAGUGUUACUGUAACCCUGAAAUUAAAAAAGCACAGCUAAGACCCACAAGGACACAGUAUAAACCACGUUCUCCCAAUAAAAGAUGCAAGAGUCAUACCUUUUCUCCUGCUAUAACGAUAGAAGAUACUUGUGAGAAGUCAGCAUUAUCGUCACCUAUUAGUUGUGAAACAUUGAGGAGAGUCCAGAAAAUAGAUUAUGCACCUAGAUCUCAAUUCUUACGCAAUGUCAGAAGCAGAAUUUCUCUCUUGCAAGCAGGAGGAGGAGACUGUCCAGAGACAUGUUACAGAUCACCACAUUAUCACGAUCUCAUGGCCAAGAAGGAUAUAUAUAAAGCUGAUUCCAUACAUCAGUUGAAAGCUCAUGAUAAGAAAUCAGAAACUAGCUAUCACUUAGCAAAAUCUGUCCCUACAAAAUCAGAAACCAGUGAAGAAUAUUCAGGUUCUGAAGCUGAAGAUAUAGAGAAAUGUAGCACAGGAGUUCAAGUAUCUUUGAAGAAACACUUGAAGCCAAAAGUAGUAGUAAAAAGAACUCUUACCUCUAAAACAUCUGUACCUGAUAUAAAAAAGUCUAAAUCUAGUUCAAAAGUAGCAACUAAGGGUAAAAAGAUAAUACCUGGCACAGCAUGCCAGUGUUGUCAGAAGGAUAAGUUAGAACAUUCCAAAUCUAUACUAGAAAGGGAUACUUAUAUUGAUACAGAAAAGUAUCAAGACACAGUCUGUACAAACAAACUACCAGAUGAAACUAGUAGGAAAUACCUCUCUGAUAGAGAAAUGAGAGAAUUGGAGAUAUUUCGUGAACAAAACUAUUUUGACACCCAUGGAUCCAGCCAUACUUUAGCGUCGUCUAAAUCUUCUGGUUCUUUAGAGCAGUGUCUAUUAAAUGACAGACUGUUUCCUGAACCAGCAAGAAGGAUACACAAGAAGGACUUAGUCGUAACAAUGCCAGCUUGUGCCACGAUACAACGAAAACGAAUCCACUAUUUCCCUAGAUACAUCGUUCGUCAAGAAAAGGGUAAUUGUAACGCAAAUAACAAGAAGAAGCGAUGUCAGACCUGUCCUCUAACCGGCCAUGCCAUAGAUCUUGGCAUCACGAAAAUAAGACCUCCCUUGAACAGUUUAGCCCUUAAGUACCAAAAACGAUUGCCUUAACUAAAACUAAUUUUAUUUUUAUUAAUAUUUUAAUUAAAUAAAGCUCUAUAUCUCUAAGAGGAGACAAAGUAAAUGAAAGUUCUGAUAAUUAACUCCGAUUUAGUCAUUUGCAUUUUUUAUUAUUACUAGGGAUUUCUAAAGAAUUAGUUUCAUUUACUUUGCUCUAUUUUUUCAGCUACUAUAAAUUUUCGAAUGUAAAACAAUAAAAUUCUGUCACAUACUUUCAUCGGAAACUAGUACAACGGUAUGAUCACGUUAAUGUCCUCGGAAAAGAGUAUUUUCAGAAUCCAUGGCUUUCAGUAUGAUUCAGUGUUUAGUAAUGCGAUCGUAGCUGAAUGAAACAUUAGCCUCGACAAGAGAAGUACAAUAUAGAAUAUAGUACAUGCAUGAUGGACUACGUGAUCUCGCACAAGAACAUAAAAUCUCAUAAAUCAAAUCUCUUUUGCGACCAUGAUGAGUCGGCAAUCUUUGACAAAUUCAAGUUUGCCAGAUGCAAAUUUCUACUGAAUAAAAGAUGCGUAACCAUGAAGCAUUUAUUAAUGCGAUUAACUAAGAUCACUUGACAAAUUUUUCAAUGAACAAACGAUGGAAUUAUAGAACAUUUAUCGUCAGAUUUUUAUUCUACAACUCUACAGCACAUAUACAAUUCUAAUAAUAUUUAUUUGUAAUAUUAUUUUACUGUUGUCCACAUGCUUUAAAACAGACCAAUAAAAUUUUAUUUAUUUAAUAAUCUACAUAAGAUACGUAUUAUUUAUUAUUGGAUUGAAAAUUUUUAUGUAAAUUCAUAUUUUUAUAAAUAAAAAUAAAACCUCAGGAAUUUAAAGGAAGAAGAUUAGGCAGAAUCAUUCUGUAAAUUAUGAACAAACGAUUAGCUGAUGGAUACACCUUUCGCGUCCUUCAUUCUGUUUCCAAGAUGCUGUCUCCGUGAUAAGCAUAUAUUUCCGUACAAAUUGACGAAAGUUUUACAAGCUUUUAAUUUGUUGAAUUAGUCAUUGAAACUUAAAAGAUAUAGUUCCUUACUAUUCACAAAUUCUCGUAGAAAUUAAAAUAUGGAAAAAGAAAAUAAAUAAGGGAUAUUUAACGAAUUGGAAGUUACAAGGUCCGAUUUGAAAGGUGAACAGCUUCGAUAUUUAUGGAUUGUAAAAUUGCAAAGAAUAUUUCAAUUUAUGAGAAUUAUAGCUGUUUACAAGGUUACUCGAUCAAACAAAAAAUCGAAGAUUUUUUAACCCGGCGAACAAUUUUCUUCCUUGAUUGCUGCAUAAUUAAGUAACAUGCAACUGCAAGCGAUUACAAAAUCUAUGUGGCAUUUUAAUUACUCAGAAGUGGAGACACUUAGAUUCUAGAAGCUUCAAUAUAUUUUUGUCACAGUAUACGCGCAACCCAUAAAACCAAGAAAUUCUUGUAAACAAUUCAUUUUUUAAUUGUUUAGAUAUUCUAAUUUGAGACUAUGUAAAAAUUGAAUGAAAUAAAAUAUUUUCUCGGAAUUUAUGUAUAAUAAAACACAAUGAUACAGUGAGUAAUAAUGACAGAAAAUCUGAAUGACGACGGAAGUAAUUAAAUAUUCGUUCAAAGAACAUUGAACCUGACAAGCAUUGCUAGACUCAUUAAAUAUCGAUUUCACCGAAAGAUUAACGCCAUCGAGGAAAAAUAUCUCUUACACAUGAAACUGGUUUCUCGAUUUCUCAACGGACAAAGAAGUUGAGAAAUAAUCGCGUGCUUAUCCCAAGAGCCGAUAGAAGAAAAGAGACUAUUCUUCGGGCUGUGUUUACGAAGCGAAGUUCAAUAAUUAGUAAUUUCGUGCAUUUGUGCGUAGUACACAAUCAGUCUAUUUUUAUCGUGAAAAUUUCGUUUCUAAAUGAAGGUUCCAAGUUUAGGAACUGGCGAACGAAGAUGGAAUGCGUUUUAUCGUGUAUCGGACGGUUAAUUUUACAGUUCAUUAUCUACUAUUAAAAGUUUCGAGCUUUAACGAUAUUUAAAAAUUGAAAUCGAUGAUAUUGGAAAGUUGGAAAUUUAAAAUCUUGAAUUUUACAAUCCAUUUUAAGUUUAUAUCGAAAAUUAUUUAAUUUGCAAUUACAUAGCAAAUUUUCAACUUUAAAGCCUUAGAAAUACGAAUUUUUGGUGCCACGGGUUUCUAAAUACAAAUUGAUGCAUAUAAUAAUUACACACAAUUGGACAGAAAUCACAGGCGAAAGAAGGAGAAGACGUAGCCAAUAAUUAAUUAAUUUAAUGCAGCAAGAACGUGGAUGAAAAAAGUUCGUCAUUUUACACCAACAGUAGUUUCUCAUGAUUGACGACAUCAUGAUUUUAACGAUCAUUUCGUCUCGUUAAACGGCAGCAAAACACGAAACGAGAAGUGCACUUGAGAUUCAUUGCCCUUGUGGGUAUUCAUUAUUGCAGAUAUUUUGUGUCUGAAAAAACGUAAAAAAAAAUUGUAAAAAAAUGUUUAAUUUUAUCUGUCUCCUACCUAUUUCAGUCAUCAUUUGCUAUCAAUAUCAUUUCAAUAUCAUCAUUUGCAUAUCAUUCAAAUGAUAUCACGUGAAUGUUUCUAACUUUUUAAAAUAAGAAAUUACUUCUAAAGGCGUCCUUCUAUUCUUCUUAAAAUUAUGAAUAAUUUUUUAAUCGUUUAAUACUACCCUCCCAUUCAUAACAAAUUAAUAUUUUCGCGAUUACUUAUAUGCGAAUAAUUAUAGUUCUCGUGGUUGUUUUCAUUAAUGAAAACAUACAAGCUAAUUAGGAGAAGGGAUCAGGAAGUUUAGGAUUUUAUUCAUAAGUAGACAUUUUGAAAUGAAGAUUCAGGGUCACAGAGCCAUAAACAUUGACUUAAUGAUGAAGAGAGAAGGCUAUGAGCGAAGUAAAAUAAAUUGAUCGUUGAUGGCGAUAAAGAUUUUAUCAAUUGGAAAUACUAAAUUAAAGAUAUUCUUCUUUCGGAAGUUUCCUAGUUCUUCCCCUCUUUUUAACAUAGAAAUGGUAUACAUUAGAGAAAUAAUGAAUACACAUAAUAUUAAACCAGAUAUCGUAUUUCUCGCGGAAUGUUUUUAUCUCUACUGCGUCUCUUUUUUGUCUCGUGAAUAUCUAAAAAAACAAUCAUUAAAGAAAUAGCGAAUAUAUAUAGUGAAAAAUCAAAUAUUCGUCUUUUUUUCAGAACAUGUUUGUUCUUUGCUCGUUUCCUUUUUUUCUUUUGAAUGCACAAAGAGUGUGCGUUAUAAAAGUAACGAAGACAUUAUUAUUGCAUAACAACUGUACUCGAGUAAAUCACAAUUGUGUUUCUAAAUUGCAGAUUUCUUUUCAGCAAAUUGGUUACGAUUACGCAUACCAAUUAUCUAUUGUCUUUCUCGUUUUUUAUCGAUCUUUUCUUGCUUUAACCGCUUCAUUCUAAUGUAGUUGAUUUUUCAUAUUCAUGUAAAUGGCUACAAGUUUCAUGAUCUAAUCUAAUGGUUCGAGACGAAUGUAAAUUCAUUAUAAACAUUGAUUAUUGUGAUACUAUAUGCUGACAAUCGACGACACGAAACAAAAUGAUAAUCGGUAGAAUAAAGGUAGAAGAGAUUGCGACGUAGUUCAUUUAACAUACAGAACUACAUUAAUGCGCCGAAUCACGUCAUUCACGUUUAUAUCAUAUAAUUUAUUCGUAAAAUAUAUUCUACUAUUCCCUUGCA